GAAUUCUUGGAGGUUUGGGACCAGAGUCUUCCAUAUGGAUUAAAAUCAGAUGAGAAAUAUCUUCAAGGACUUGCUAUAAUAGACAAUACAGCAAAUCCAACAACUAUUCAAUAUUUUUCUGUUGAAACUUUGCCUCAAGAUGCUGCUGCCCGAUUUGACAUCUUGUUUCAGACAAGACCAAAAUGGACUCGAGAUGAAAUUGAACCUUACAUUUUUGACUUAUGUAUUGAAGGGCAAACUGCCUCAGCCCUCCUUACUAGAUUUGCUAGAAGUUCAAUACAGGAUAAAUAUGGCAGAACUUGGAUAUUAUGUCGUUCCCAGUAGAGGAACUGGUGAUGCUGGUAAACCCCUUAUUUUAUUGAGUGAUAGGUACAUCACUCACGCUGACCAAUCAAGAGUUACUACAAGGUUGAAAAAAACAAAUACAGUGCAAUAUUUUAAAGGAACUUUAUUAAGGGAAGUUGAAACAACUAAAGAUGUUUUGGAAAAAAAUAAAAUACUUUGUAGAAAUCCUGAAUCUGAAGUUUAUUUCCAAUGUAGCAAAAAAGAUGUGAAAGAAAUUUCGGAGAGUGUCUACGAUCUACUUCUCGCAAUACCAAACUGCAGAGACCGACUUGAAAUUGCCAACAAUGCACUGAGGCAAGCAGAGGGUUUGGAAAUGGAUGUUGGCACACAAGUGUUUGUAAAAUUACCAAAUCACACAGGAGAAUAUCAUGGUAUCAUAAGAUACAAAGGAGAGAUUCAUGACAAAGAGGGAAUUCAUUUUGGAAUUGAACUUUACAAUGCAGAAGGAAGAGGGAAUACUAAUGGGACAUAUGGGAAACAAAGAUACUUCCAUUGUGAUAGUGAUGCUGGAAUCUUUCUGCCAUUAAAUCGAGUUCGACCACAUCAAAUAGAAUCUGCCAGGAAUCAUUCUCAUUCCUAUUCACCUAUUUCAACAAGAAGAAAUAAACAAAGUAGAUUAUCUGGUACUGCUUCUAGCAGUCAAAGUCGAAAUUCUGCUCCGGAAACUGCACCCUAUGUUCGAGGCGUAACGAAGGAAGAACUCGACAGUCUGGGAAUUCGCCAUGGAAUGGAGGUUUUUAUUUUUACCGAAGUCCGAGGACAGGAAAGUCAGGAAAAAGGAAAAGUAAAGUUUAUUGGCCGACUACCAGGAGGCAACAGUGGCCAAGGAAUCUAUGUUGGAAUAGAUUUGGACAGAGAUGUUGGAAAUGGCACAGGAUUAUACAAUGGAAAACACUUAUUUUACACAAGACAAAAUCAUGCAGCACUCGUGCCUUUGAGUGGUGUUUUACCUGCUUAUGUUGCUGAUACUGCACCAUCACCAUCUAGAGAUAUAUCUCAUAAGGAUACAGAUGCAUUAUCAAGAGAAACAGGAAGAAGGUCAUCAAGGCAUUCUUCUAGUAAUCAUCGAAGUCGAAAUGAUGUUACACCACAAAUGCAAAAGACAUUUGUCCAAUCUAGUCGAUUUGCACAUUCUAGUCCAAGUGUUCUUGGAGGGAAUGGCAGACUAGAAGCAAUCGCUGUCCCAGAAUUUGGGAGUAGUUAUCCUCAUUCUUCUCGACGAAGUCCAAGACAUAGUCCUCGUGACUCUCCAUUAAAUCAAGAUUUGUACGAGUCUGAAUCUAUUGAUAGACAUAAUUAUCAAACUUCAAUAAAAGCUGGAACACAAGUAAAAAACCAGAGAGUUGUGGCAACACCAAGACCUGCAUUACAUCGUGGACUUUCAGAUAAUAAUUCAGAUGAAGAAAUGCCGGAUUUGUAUGGAAGUGAUAAUUCUAUUGCUGUCACUCGUCUUUCAGACAGAAAGGAUGGUAUCUUACGCCCAUCAAGUCCUACAAUGACAAACUUAUAUCGACCUGGAAGAGAUCUCAACUCACUCCCUGGAUUUCCUCCAACACCCAUGCCCAACAGCUUGAAACCUAGAUCAACUAAAACUGCACCAGGUGCAAUGAGAACCAAUGGAUUGGCAGAGUUGGUAGAUUACAACUCCAUAAAUCAAGAAUAUCUUAAUACCGAAAAUGCUGAACAAGGCAUGGAAGUUGGUACUAUGGUUGAAGUUACCAAUGAAGUGCUGGGAUCUGACCCUAAACCUGGGCCAACAUAUGGUGUUAUAAAAUGGAUCGGUGAACUUCCAGACCAUGAAAAAGAAUUGGCUGUUGGAGUUGAGUUGGAACAACCACUACCUAAUGGCACUGAUGGUACUUUCAAUGGUGUGCGAUAUUUUUCAUGCGACUAUGGACGAGGACAUUUCGUAUAUUUAAAAUUUUGUAAAAAGGAUUCAAGGUUUUCCAUACCAGAUGCUGGAGCUACAGGUAGCUCUGCUAUUUUACCUUCAUCAGCUACUAGAGAUUUUGGAAAUUUUGAUUCACCCCAAAUACCGGGAGCUGUUUCACCACCAAUAAAACUCGAUCGUGACAUGAUUGGCAAGAAACGUGGAAUACAGGGUCAUCAUAAUUCAUGUUAUCUUGACAGCACUCUUUUUAGUUUAUUUGCAUAUUCACAAGUAUUGGACACAAUAUUGUUUCGAAGACGAAGACCGACUGACUUACCAGAAUAUGAAGAAGCACAAAAAGUUUUGAAAGAAUUAAUUAUCAAUCCACUACGCAUACACCAUUUUGUUCGAGCUGACAGAAUAAUGCAGUUGCGUGAACUUUUAGAUAAAUUAGGAUCUGUUUCUGGGCUUGUUAAUGAAGAAAAAGAUCCAGAAGAGUUUCUCAAUACUCUAUUGCUUCAGGUUUUCAAAGCUGAACCUUUGCACGAGUUACGACAGGGCGAUUCAAAUGCAGCUCAUGAAGGUUAUUUUUAUCAAAUAUUCAUGGAUAGAGAUGAAAAAAUGGGAAUCCCAAGCACGCAGCAAUUACUUGAAAAAUCAUUAAUAAGUGCAGAUCUGAAAUUUCGAAAUGUACCCGUUUGUUUGAUUAUACAAAUGCCAAGAUUUGGUAAAGAAUACAAAAUGUUCAAAAAAUUGCGACCAAGUUUGCAACUUGACAUAACAAAUCUUGUGGAAGAUAUUCCCAGAAGUUGUGAUGUUUGUGAAGAAUAUGCCGAAUACGAAUGCCGGGAUUGUUUCUUAAGUGGAAGUUUAGAAGAUCCUGUUUUUUCAUAUUGUAAGUUAUGUGCUGACAGACUGCAUUCACAUAGAAAACGUAAAAACCAUUGCUUCAGGGCAAUCAAAGUACCGGAUCGAUUUAGAGAAUAUGCAACAGAAGCUAUUAGAAAUAAUGAAGAACCAAGAGUUGAUCGACAAACUUUAGAAUUGUUUGCUGUUGUUUGCAUUGCUACCAGUCAUUAUGUUUCAUUUGCCAAAUGUGGAAGUGGAAAGAAUGCUGAAUGGGUUUUCUUUGACAGUAUGGCCGAUCGAGUAGGGGAACAAAGCGGGUAUAAUAUUCCAGAAAUUACACACUGCCCUGAUUUUGUAGCUUGGCUUAGUCAGGAUGAAAGGAGUAUUCAAAGCGAAGAUGAGAAACUUAUGCCUGAGCUUAAACGACGCUUGCUCUGUGACGCAUACAUGUGUAUGUAUCAAAGCACGGAUCUUAUGUUCUAUAAAUAAAUAAAGGAAUAAUGAGAAUCCUGACUUAAGAGUCUUCAUCAGAUUUUGGUCAGAGUGGGGGAGAUAAGUAUUUUCGCUGAACAUAGAUAUCACAUUACAUCGUUUUUUUUUUGUAUUUAAUUAUGUUUCAUUGUAAUUACAACCUAUUUAUUUUGAUUUUCUUAAUAUUUUAAUGUGACAUUGAUUUUGUCAACCACAAAAUUGAGCAAUUUUUCUUUAAUGAAUGUAGCUUCUGUUAAAUACUUUUGUGCAAUACGGAAUGAUAUGCUACUAGGGGGGCUAACCUGCUUUCGACCGUGAUCGGCUAAAAUCAUCAAAAUAGCCCGCCACCGACUGAUCGGUAAUGAGGUCAUACACAAAAACGAAUGAGUACUGAAUAUGCAGAUAUCUGCACACAAACGUACGAAAAAUUCCGCCGCUGCCAAUAAGAUCGGUUCUUUGGGCGCAUUCUUAAUGAAAUCGUUACAAAAAUUUGUAUUUUUUAUGCUCGAUUUAAUUUGAUGAUGUAAUUGUACCCGGAGUAAAUGUUUCAUCAUUUAUUUAAGAUUUAUUCAAAUCAUUCGUAAGUGUUGAAAAUUCUUCAAAUAACAUUACCAGGUAUCCAUGUGUUAUCUAAACAGCGAAAAUAAAUAUUCCCAAACCAUAAAUGUUACAUGAGUGCUCGGACUUCAGUAUCUAAUUUACAGUUUUCUUCGAGUCCGAUUCUUCAUUUGAAAGGAUUUAGAAAAAAUUGGGAAUUCUGAUUCCACUGCUAUCGUUACGAAUAAAAUUCAUUGCACCAUUCUUGGAGCGAGACAAUAACUUUCAUAUACUGCAGAUAUUCGGCAAGUUCAUUUUCAAACCUUGGCAGCGGCGAAACUUGCAUUUAUUUCACAAUAAUAUGCUUUAUCGGUCUUGCCCAGAUUGAAUACUAUAUGUUUAUAUCAUAUUUUGCGCAUGCACAGUACUGUAUUAUUACUGUUUUAAAACACACAUCAUGCGCUGUGGGGAACUGGUUGAAGACAAUUUUUUUAGGGUAUUAUAAUUCGCUCAACAUCAGACACAAUUGACUAACUCGAGACGUGGUGAUCGACUACUAAAGACAUGGCGGUGGAUCGGCCACCCCUGAUAUACUACAUGCGCUAAGGGGUAUAAUAUAAUGGUGAGCCCUGAAUUUAUAGUCAUUACAAUUUUGCUAAACGAUAAACGAACUGUGGCUAAGACAAAAAUCUACCUUGAAAGCAGUUUAUUACUGUCUAGCAUUAGUUGCCAUCAUGUGGGAAAAGUAUAAUAAGCCCGGAAGAAAUGAUUGAGGUCACUGUUUCCUUGUGGAGGUGUUUUCGAUUUUUCAAUGGCUUCUGUCGCCUAUUACUAUUCUGAAAUAUACAAGAAAUUUCUGAAGGAUACGAGAAAUAAUAUAUUAUGGCUUAUUUCAGUUUGAUAUAUGAAAUACUCGUUUUUGUUUGUAUAUCAUGUGCAUUUUGGACCGUAUGUGACAGAAUAAUAUGUUAUUUUUUUUUAAUCGGCACUUGCUUGGUGCUUUUGGUCAGGACAUCCAAUGUCCUUGGAGCACUGGAAUAAUUUGUUAGUUUAUCAUGUAAUCCACAACAUGCUGAUUUAUGUUUCUCGAAUGAACGUUGCUCGUAAUGUAGUUGGACAACCAGAUAAUUUUUAUAUCUGGUAUGGCCGAAAAGGUGGCUGUCAUAAUGUAUCUCACAAAGUAUCAUUAAAAAUGUUUUCGGGGGAAUACUAUUAUACUAAUAAAGAAUUGGCCUUGGUGAAAUGAUAGAAAUAGUCCAGUUUUUGUUGUGAUGAUGUUUUAUGAUAUGUGCGGUAGUAGUGCUAGUGUAUAUAUAUAUAUAUACCAUGCAUUUUCCCCCCUAAUUUAUGCAUGUGUCCCAGUUCCUUUGCCCAUUUUAAGUUCCUUGAGCUUUGACAUUUGUGCUGCUUUCGUUCUUAUAAAAAAGUUAUAAUAUUUUUCCUAUUGAA